AUGAGCUCCUACAAUGUGACGCUGCCCGGCCCCGGCCCCUGGGGCUUCAGGCUGCAGGGAGGCAAGGACUUCAACAUGCCGCUGACCAUCUCCAGGAUCACUCCGGGCAGCAAGGCGGCGCAGGGAAACCUGAUCCAGGGUGACGUUAUUGUCGCCAUUGAUGGCGUCGGCACCGACGGGAUGACCCACCUGGAGGCCCAGAACAAGAUCAAGAUGGCCAACUACAACCUGGCACUCACCAUGUCCAAGUCGAAACGUCCCAUUAUGAUGCCGCCACAGAGGAUGGACGGUGUGAUUCCCAUGAUCCCUCACCAACAGGUUUUCUCCCCCGCUCCUCCUCCUCCCAAUGCCGGCUUCAACCCGGCCACGCUCUCUUCCCAUAAUCCCAUCGAGGUGAAGGGCCCCGGCGGUAAGGCCACCAUCAUCCACGCCCAGUACAACACGCCCAUCAGCUUGUACUCGCAGGACGCCAUCAUGGACACCAUCGCAGGGCAGACGCAGAACAAGGGGCACGACGCUGGUAGUCUCCCAGUUAAAGAUCAUCUCGUAGACAGCGCCUCUCCGGUCUAUCAGGCCGUGCAGAGCGCCGAGAGGGACCCGGACGUGGGGGAGUGGGGACAACGUGAUGCCACCAGGCAGUCCAAGACCUUCCGGGUCCUCGCCCACCUGACAGGAACUGAGUCCCUACCAGAGGAUGAGGAGCAGGAGGCGCUGAGGAGCAGCAGCCCUACUGAGCAUGCUCCGACUUCUGCUGGCUCCGCCUCCAAUGUGCCAGCUGUGCAGCCUAUUGACCCCGCCCCCUGUUCACCUGACCCCGCCCAUCACAGUCCGUACGUUCAGCCUCCUGCCAUGCAUCAGGCUCCACAGGCCCUGCCCCCGCAGCAGUACCAGCAGAUCCCGCAGCACUACCAUCAGCCCCCGACGCAGCAGGCCCCUCCCACUCAGCAGAGCUCCAUUCAGAUCCCGCUGUGCGCCGCCCCUCCCAAGGUGGUGAGCACCGCCUGCAUCUACCCCUCCCAGCCCGCUCCAGCUCCCGCCCCAGUUCAACUCCCUCCACAGCCUCGCCCUCCGGCCGCCGCCCCGGCCCCACCCCCGGCCGCUGAUCCCAACAGACCCCCCUGGGUGACCGACAACAGCUUCGCCAACAAGUUCGACCCCAGUAAGAUGACCACCACCAGCAUGAAGGUGCCCGCGCUGCCCCAGGGCGCCCCUCCUCCACCAGCGUUCAUCCCCCAUCCCUCCCAUGCUGGACCUGUAGCUCCCAGCCCCGCCCUCAUCCCCCCCAGCCCCGCCCCUUUCCCUCAAGUGGCGAGGGGCGUGGCUCAGAGGGCGGAGAGGUUCGCCGCCAGCAGCCGUACAGCUCUGUGCGGGUCCUGUAACAACAUCAUCAGGGGCCCCUUCCUCUCGGCCCUCGGCCGCUCCUGGCACCCGGAGGAGUUUAACUGCCACUACUGUCACAUGUCUCUGGCUGACGUCAGCUUCGUGGAGGAACAGAACAGCGUUUACUGCGAGAACUGCUACGAGGAAUUCUUCGCCCCGACCUGCGCUCGCUGCAACACCAAGGUCAUGGGGGAAGUGAUGCACGCCCUGCGGCAGACGUGGCACACCACCUGCUUCGUGUGCGCGGCCUGCGGUAAACCCUUCGGCAACAGCCUCUUCCACAUGGAGGACGGGGAGCCGUACUGCGAGAAAGAUUAUAUUUCACUCUUCAGCACUAAGUGUCAUGGCUGUGACUUUCCAGUUGAAGCCGGGGAUAAGUUCAUCGAGGCUCUGGGUCACACCUGGCACGACACCUGCUUUGUGUGUGCGGUUUGCCACGUGAACCUGGAGGGUCAACCUUUCUACUCCAAGAAAGACAAACCUCUGUGCAAGAAGCACGCACACGCAAUCAACGUGUAG